UCGACAUUUUGUAAAUUCCAAGAGAUUGACUUCAGCUCAGAGUCUGUGAAGACCAAACACAGAAACACCAGAAGAAGUGCUUCGACGAAGAACAAUAAGCAAAAACAAGAAAAGCUCACAUAGUCAUGAAGACAGGAACCUUAGGACCCAACCUCAAGCUCACUCUCCCUCCUCCUGAUGAAGUUUUCAUCUCUAAGUUCUUGACUCAAAGCGGCACGUUUAAGGAUGGCGAUCUCCUGGUUAAUAAACAAGGGGUUCGGAUCGUUUCUCAUAGAGAAGUUGAAUUUCCGCCACCUAUUCAAGCAUCGGACAACCAGAUGAUUUUAGCCGACCUCGACUCGAUUAAAGUUAUUGGCAAGGGAACUGGUGGGGUUGUGCAAUUGGUUCAGCACAAAUGGACUCGCCAGUUUUUUGCAUUGAAGGUAAUUCAGAUGAACAUUGAAGAGUCUAUCCGCAGGCAGAUUGUACAGGAAUUGAAAAUUAAUCAAUCAUCACAAUGUCCAAACAUUGUUGUAUGUUACCAGUCCUUCUACGAUAAUGGUACCAUUUCAAUCAUCCUAGAGUACAUGGAUGGUGGGUCUUUGGCAAAUCUUCUGAAGAAGGAAACGAUUCCAGAGUUUUAUCUUGCUGCCAUUUGUAAGCAGGUGCUGCAGGGUUUGUGCUAUCUUCAUCAUAAAAAGCACAUCAUCCAUCGGGACUUUAAACCUUCCAAUUUGUUAAUCAAUCAUAGAGGAGAAGUUAAGAUAACGGACUUUGGUGUGAGUGCAAUAAAGGCAAGCACGUCCGAACAGGCAAAUACUUUCAUUGGCACAUACAACUAUAUGUCGCCAGAGAGAAUCGCUUGUCGCAAUUAUAGCUACAAAAGUGACAUUUGGAGCCUGGGGUUAGUACUGCUGGAGUGUGCAACAGGUCAAUUCCCAUAUGUACCACCAGAUCAAAGUGAAGCAUGGUGUAACUUUUUUGAACUUAUGAGUGCCAUCGUUGAUGAACCAGCACCUUGUGCCCCUUCCGAUCAAUUUUCUCCAGAGUUCUGCUCAUUUAUUUCUGCAUGUGUACAGAAAGAUCCGAAGGAUAGACCAUCAGCUCAAGAUCUCCUGAGACAUCCUUUCAUCAACAUGUACGAUGACUUGCAUAUUGACCUUUCCUCUUACUUCACCGAAGCAGGAUCUCCCCUUGCAACAUUUUAAAACUAGCUGGUAUAUUCACAUCUGUAUUUGGUUCCACAUCUUGGAUUCACUGUUGAAACUGAAAUACGAAAAUUCAUUGCUUUUCUUUGUUAGUGUAAUUUGGUCUCGUGGAUGAAGACAGUUGCGGAAAUGAAGAAUCACUGCUAUGGCAUGUCCUCGAUAGUAUAUUUUUUUUUCUACAGAAUAUCCUUUUGUAUGGUAGAUGAAAAUUAAGCCUCUUUUCUUUGUUAUGCCGUUUUCUGUUCAAAUGUUUAUACCGUACUCAUUUUUUUCUUGAAGCUCCUUUACGCGAGAUGUUUGAAGUUUCGUCUUGCUUACCAAGAUUGAAUUAGAACUGUAAUCUAAUGUAUGCCUAGAGACCUUGUUCAACGAAAGAUUGGAUUGUGGAAUGAC